UUACUUUCCUACUAAAUGGGGGUGGUAUUGUUCAAUUGUUUGAGGGCAUUUGAAAGGGCCAGCUCUCUGUUUUGAUCCCAGAUUUCUCCCAGAAUCAGGGAUGGGGGCAGUGGGCAGACGGAGUGGCACAGGGGGGGCUGUGGGCUCUCGCAGUGCUGCUGUGAGGACCAGGAUGCUGAUGUGCAGGGAGUGAGUGGAUUCUCAUGGUUCCAGUGCUCAGAGUUGCAGCAAGGGCGAGGGCACCAUAAUUAUUACGGCAUAUUUAGUGAUAUGAAAGCAUGGACCUAUGAAUAUCGAUCCUGAAUAGGUUCCUUUGCAUCCAUUUGUUGAAGCAUUGCCUUCGACUGUUGCUUUGUUAUUGACCACUGAAGCUUUUCAGUUGUGUCUGUUCUAACGUGGAAGGUUGCCAGGAAGGUUCCAGGAGUUGUUUUCCUCUCCAAAGACCCUGAUGACAGCAACAUGGGGUUGGUGCAGUCCUUCCCAGACUGCCACCUGUGCAGCUCAGGACGUGUCCUGACCCAGCAGUGUUCUGUGGGAGGAGCAGGAGGUGCUGCCCGGUGCCCCCCCCCACAGCUGCGGCCUUCCCACUGUGCCUGCAGGGCUGCGGCCUACACCCAGCAUCAGCCCUGCUGCCAUCCUGUGGGGCUUCAGGGACAGUGCUGGGCUCUGUGCUGUAAGAGGGGUCUGGUGGGGAGCCAGAACCAGCCCUCUUCCUUUGGAAGUGAUAAAAAAGAUGCCCUUGAAACCAUUCGCAUACCCGCUGCCUGAAACCAGGUUCCUUCAUGCAGGCGGAGUUGUGUAUAAGUUUAAAAUCCGCUAUGGCAACUUGCAGAGUGCUCCUGAACUCAACGACACUGACAUUGCUGUCAAGGAGUUUGAGGAAGCAAUUCGAGUCAUCCUUGGAAAUCUUGAUGAUUUACAUCCAUUUUCUACAGAUCACUUCACUAUCUUUCCAUAUUUGAGUAAAUGGGAAAGGGUCUCAAAAAUGAGAUUCAAACAUGAGAAUGUCAAUCUCGUGCCUUAUCCCUACAUUUGCACUAUGUAUCUGGAGCUUAACUCAUUUCAGCAAAGUUUGUCUUUGGGUAAAGAAGCCAACAGCGACACUUCUGAGCCUGUCAAGAGAAAAAGUGAAGUGCCAGAAAGUACUGAAAUGGAAGAAACAGUGAAGAGGAGAAGAGUUGAAGGUCAAACAGAGACCUCAUACCCAAAGUUAUGUGUGGACAGACCUGGAACUGAGAUUGUUCACCAUGCAAUUAAAGUAGAGCGUGGAUUUGAAAGGAAUUACUCAAAAGAAAUUCAGUGUGAGCAUAGUUCAGCAUCCCUCAGCAUGGGCUGUGACCAAGAGUGUUUAUGGAGACCUGUGGCACAUAAUGUAGAACAAAGAGCAGAAACCAGUCAGCCUGAAGGUGAAAUGCAGGUAUUGCAGCAAAUGGACCGAAUCACAACCAAAGGAAUUGAGGAGCCAAAACGAGGAGGUCUCUCAAAGUUCUGGAGAAGGAUAUUUUCUCCACUGCAGCACCUUUUUGGUGGGAAGCCCUGAACUAAUUGCUGCGGAGAGGUCAACUUCUACCGCAAUUAUCAGGUCGCGUUGUUUCUUUUGCAAUUGAGCUUUUCCCCUCGCUUGCCUCAGCCACUGAAUGCUUCGCGUCCAGGUUCCUAUUUUCAAAUGUACGGAGUGAAAGCGUUGCCUUAGAAACGGAACGCCUUCUUCACAGCCUCGAGUUUCUCAGCUCUCCGUUUCGAAAGUCGUUAUUUGAACUCCUAAUAAAAGAAACAUCCGCUCGCAAGCGAUCGUCAUUUAUGGCCGGGAGCCGUUUGGCGGAGGGGGCACAGCGCAGCACGGCGCGCACGUGGGCAGCGCUGCACGCGCAAUCCCGCGCUCUCGGCCCCG